UGUUGUUCCUUAUUUAUUAUUCCUUAGAUUUUCAUCGUUAUAUUAAUAUUGAAUAGUAGCAGUCCGACGUCCAGCGCACAGAAGCUGGUUGGUUCUGAAAAUGUUGAGAUUGUUGUCCUCGAUUACUUUAAAACUUAUAAUUUUAUUUUAUUUUUCUCGGGCUAAUACAGCUAUUAACCCGAUUUCUUUGUUUCUCGUUUGCUUUGUGACUCGAAACUAGCUGGGGUAAUUGAGUAUAUGGUGAAUCUGUCAGGAAGUCGCACAUGCGUUUCGCCCGCUCAGGAACCACCGCUAAGUUACAACUGGAAACAAGUAUUGUACCUUUUUACGUCUGUAUUCAACGAUUCCUAUUGUAAAAAAAUAAAUGCGCAUUUGUCUAGUUUUAUUUAACGAGUUAUAUGGCUGCGAUGAGGAAGUGUUAAACGGGCAUGUUUAGGUUGUACCAGUUCCUGCUUAUUCUUAAGUCAAGGUUUAAUGAAGUGUGGUUUGCGGUGCCCACUGUUGCUGACAGUCCACAUUUUCCCUCCCUUCCGGCUCCCAGCCGACCUGUACCAGAUACCCCAGUGACGAUGCAGGGGGCUCUCGUCCGUAUGUGUGUGGUGGUGGCUGCCGCCAUCCUCAACCACCCACUCCUCUUUCCGAGUAACAAUAACAGCAUCUUGGAGCAGGAUGCCGAGCUGCUGGCUCGCAUGAGGGAGCAUGAGGAGCUCCUUCAGGCCCAGCAGCUGCUGCUGGAGGUGGAGGUGGCUGCUGAAGACCAGAGGGAGGAGACCAGCUACAGCUGGUACUUCUGGAGCGCACUGUCUCUGGUCGCCUUCCUGACGAUCGAGCUCUGCAAGCAGGAGUACGUAGACCCGCACGCUCGAGAUCCUGGUCUCGAGGAUGAGGACGCUUUGCCAACCGGUGCCACGUGUACCAAUAGUCUCUUUCCAGACAAAGGGCUGCUUGGGGAUUUUUAUGAGAGAUGCGUAAAAAUGUCUGCCCACGAGAACUGGAGAGUGCAGGAGUUUGUGGAGGGUUUUUCGGACGACCUGCUGGAGGCCUGGCGUAGUGUCUGUGACAGGGAGGCAGACAUGGAGGUGGAGGACCCAGUGGGGGUGGGGAGUAUGUACGAGGGAUGGAGGGUGAGCAAGCCCUUGAUGUGCGAUCUGAUCGUCCCGUUCGCCCCCCCGGAGCCUUACCGCUUCACGUUCCAGCUGUGGUGCACCGGGAACGGCGACAUCCCCCCGGAUAUGCAGGGUUGCGGCCGGAUCCAGGUGGUGCAACCCGGCGAGGACGGAGGCGGCUGCCUCUGCGGCAAAGCCAACCUGGGUGACGACCUGCUGUGCCUGCUGCAUGGCCGAAACGAGAAGCCCGUCGUCAGCAAGGCCGCCGGGGACCUCCUGUGCUCCAAGAACACGUCCUACCUGGCCAAAGACAAGGUCAUGAAGUGGUUCCAGAUCGCCGUCACGAAAGCGUGGGGGCGGAUCUCCCACAAAUACGACUUUGAGCUGAUGUUUCGCAGCCUGGACUUCCCCGGUGCUCUGAAAGUGCGCUGGCCAUCAGGGAGAACAAUCGUCCUGAACAUUAUACCAGUAGUCCAGCUGGAAGACACCGAUGCGUACUUUGUCUCCCACUUUCCUUCUGAGGACCACAACUCCUCUGAUAUGUACUGGCCCAUUUCCUUUGCUAUUUAUGAGAAAAAUCUACUAAAAUAUUUAGUCAAACGCUUGCCAGGUGACUCCUGCCACCUGCAGUGCCUUCAAAUUGUGUGUUUCCUGCUUAAAAAGCAAACAGGCUUGACUGGCAUGAGCGCGUUGACGAACUACCACCUAAAGACGGUGCUGUUGCACCUGCUCCUCAACCGACGGGUGACCGACUGGGGGGGUGCAAAACUGGGGGCCCGGGUAUGGGACCUGCUCGGCUUUCUGGAAAGCAGCCUGCAGGAGAAGCGGCUCUGUCACGCACUCCUGGGAAACCCCAAACUGCCCCAGGAAUUCCCCUUCCCUGUCAUCUUCCGGACGGUGGAGCCAAUCAAUCUGUUACGACCCCUGGUUCUCCAGAGGCAGCGGUAUGCCAGCAUGGUGGAACACUUCCGAGAGAUGCUCAAAAACGCGCCGGUGUUGAUACAGGAGUAUACGCCCCCGUUCUCCAUUCCUCACCUGCAGCAAACCCCCAGCUCAAGCAAUCAGGCAUAGAGUCAGCGUCUCCAAGAACGAGCGGGUUGACAUUGACCCGGAAAAACCUCAAUGUUGCGGUUCUAAAAUUCAGUUUUAUACAUUGUAGCGUAUUUAUCAGGAGCCAACCAGGUUCCUCUGUACUUUUUUUGCUCUGAUUUUGCAUUUGUUGCUACCCUUCAUCAGUGUGGAACAUGUCCUGGGCCGAAAACACAUAGUUUUUUUUUUUUUUUUUUUUUUUUUUUGUAAUUUGAAUGUUCAUUUCUAACGCAGCACUGAAUUGCUUCAUAGCACUGAAACAAUUUCAAUAUGGUGUUGAUAAUGUAUCAUACCACAGAAUGGUAUUUAAAUUGUAUUACUGGUAAGAGAUUUUGUAUGUUACUCUUCCAUCUGCUGUUUAUGAAGGACGAUGGGGAACCUGAAACCUGUACUAAGCAGUGUAAGUUCGAGGCUGCCAGUCCAGUUCAGGGCCUAAGAUAUGGUUCUGCUGUGUUGUGCUGGUAGAAUAAUGCGUUCUGAAUAUCCGUGUAAAAGCAGAGAACUCUGUACUGCAGCUCUGUUAGCUGGAUGCUUCUCCAGAGGGAGCACACUCCGUUCUCCUGUGGUUUGCUGCAGGAACUCUGAUAGACGUGCCUUUGCAGGGCCGUUGUAGAGGCGGGUUUCACAAAAGGAAGGAAAUUACGAAGCGAAAGUAAUACGCCCUUCGCUCAUCGACUCGACUGAAGAGCCCGUAAGGUCCCUCCGGUGCUCACUACACCCAGACGCCUGGGACACGGGGGCAGUUUGGCCUAUUUACACGUCUGCCUGCCUGCCUGCCAGUCGGUUAAUAUAUUUAAAUUAUACCGGAGUUGCAUCUGGAGUAACAGGACACACCAGCAAGUGAAGGCGCUGGUGAAAAUGUCAUCUUUGUGUUUUAACUUUCGUUUUAAUAUUUGAACUGUUACAUGUUUUACCAUCGGGUAGAAAAUAAUUUUUGGAAAUGUGUUUUUACACUUGUAUUUUUAAAAAAAUAAAACACAGAGAUUCAUUCAU